GCACGCAGCGUCUCCUUCGUCGUCCCGUCCAUUGAGACGGAAAAAGUAUUUAUUAAGAUAUAUGCUAGCAUCUUCAAACUGGUAGAAAGCGAGGCGUCGAUGAGCGACAACUUCUUCGAGAUCGGCGGUACUUCUCUCGAUGCUAUCUGGCUCGAGCGCGAAGGAGAGAAACAGUUUGACUUGCCUGACAUUCCUGUCAUCCAAAUCCUGAAGCACCUCGUUCUCUCCAGCCUGGCCCACUACGUCGAUUCCACACACUCUAAGGACACCCAGAUGAGGAAGGUCUUCAUUUUCCUCAAUCUUGCCAGAUACUUCCAGAAUGAGCGUCCCUUCUAUGCUUUCCGUGCUCGUGGCUUCGAUUCUGGCCACCCGCCCUUCACCUCCAUGGACGAGAUGGUUUCGUACUAUGUCGCAGCAGCCAAGAGGAUUCAGGCGACGCUCGAGGCCAUGGGCGAAGAAGUGAAGUUCUUCGCUCCCAUCAAUAUUUCUCCUAAUAUCUCCUACCGCAUGCGUGAGCUCAAUUGGAUGACCGCCUCACUCAACUUUCUGUUCACGAGGCAACAACAACUCGAGUUCGUAUGGACACUGUCGCCUCCUGAACGUGUCAUCGAGCUCCAGCUGACACUCAAGAAGCUUGAUAAAUGGACAAAUGUCGCUACGUCUCUUAUCAAUUGCGGAGUAGACUACACCCCAACAUGCUCAGUUUCAACAGUCGAUGUUUUCUACACCACUCCCUUCGCCGGAUCCGAUGUUGACUGGCUCAACAACCAGCUCAAGCCAUGGACGGGCUGGAGCCGCGGCGAGGCAUCAUAUAUAUUAGUGCCUGAAAACACCACGCUCGUGGACUUUGAGUAUGUCCCGCAGUUCCAGAAGACCUUCCGCAGUCGUCUAGAGGCUCGUGGGUUGUAGACAUUCGGAGGUGCCUAUUUUGGUUAUAUCUUGUCUCUAAUCGAUGAUGCUUUCAACUACAAGUGAUUGCCGCUGCGCGGCUCGUCGUAUGCAGUUGCCGGAAUUCUUACUCGUGGUUGGUAGUCCUGCACGACUCACCGCGGUUACAGUCC